AACUCGUUAGCCGAGACGCAUCCGUAUCCUUAUCAGGCGAAGGUAUAAGCGGGGUGAAUUCACGCGAUAACCGCCAUCUACGGCUCUCUCCGAUGCCUCCGGUACCAUUCUGAGGCCCCGCGAUGGACCAGAACAAGCACAGGUGGCAGGAGAGGCUGCUCGGCAAGCACCUGAUGAGGUGCGCCAGCUGCGAAACCGACGCCGACGACACGUCCGAGUCGCUGGAGAACGCGAGCGUGAUCGCCCUGUAUUUCUCGUUCGCGAACAUAAACUCGAAGAGUGACGAUCUGACGUGCAAGCUGCGCGACCUGUACGAGAAGCUGAACGGGGAGGGGGAGAACGAGAGAAGGCGGCUGGAGGUGGUGCAGGUGGUGCUUUGGGUCAACAACGACGUGUUCAGCGACUUCGAGGCCAGCCAUCGGGAGUGCCUGCUGGGGCUGCCCUGGUUCGCGCUGCCCUUCAAGGAGAUAGAGCUCAAGGCUAGGUUAUCUAGGAGAUACAGAAUCAAGUCUGGAGUACCCACAUUGGUGCUAUUGGAUAAGGAUGGUACUACGAUAAGCAUAUCCGCCCAAGACAAACUCUUAGAGGAUCCACAUGGCCUAAACUUCCCAUGGAGACCACGACCAGUAGAUCAGGUUCUCAAAGAUGUCGGGCUCAUACCUGGAGGAAUGUUUUAUAAGGAACACCAAAACACAAAGGUGGACGUCAGAUACGAGGAUAUACCAGAUGGAAUCAAAGGCUUCUACUUCUCUGCCAACUGGUGUCCCCCUUGUAGAGCCUUCACUCCGCAGCUCGUCGAUAUGUACAAGCAGGUGCGGAAGAAAGAGCCCAAUUUUGAGAUAAUUUUCGUCAGCAGUGACAGGAGUGCGGAAUCUUUCUCAACGUACAUAGAGUACAUGCCAUGGUUGGCAGUUCCUUUUCAACAGUCAGCAGUCAGGGCAGAAUUGGCACAGCUCUACGGCAUAAGAGGCAUCCCCACUCUCCUGCUUCUAGACAACAACGGACAUGUGAUAACAAUGGAUGCCAGGACCGAACUGGCUGAAGAUCCACUGGUACAGAAUUUCCCAUGGAAACCCAGAGCCGUUAACGUUUUAACAGAAAGAUUCGCUGCCAAACUACAAGAUUUUCCUGCCAUUGUACUCUUUGUAGAUGGCGAAGAAACCGAACUGCAUUUCGCCGAAUCCAUACUAGCGCCUGCUGCCGACGCCUACUACAAGAAACACAACAUAAAUUUCAACGCCCUACAGGAGGACCUCCUGCUCAGCGUGGAAAACGAGAAUUAUCUCCAGUUUCUUGUGGGUAUGGACAGCGAGACCAGCGAUAUUGUUAGGGACCUGGUAGGUCUGGACGACGUUGUGCCCCUUCUGGUUGGUAUCGACAUCCCUAAUAGGAGGUUUGCAGUGAUGGAGUACGGUGUGGAGUUGACCGUUGAUAGUUGUUCGGAUUUCGUCGAUAAAUUUCAAGAUGGGAACGUGAAAUUCAUCGAUAUUAACGAGAGAACGUCGCAGACGAAUGAGGAGAACUGAUUUAGCAUCCUUCGGUUGAAAACCGGAUAGAGCAAUAAUAUUUCUCUGUAAUUUGCUAAAACUACACUUCGAAAUGUUUAUAAAUGUGUAUAUUUCUUCAUUUCGAAUAGUUCUUAAGUGGAUUUAAAUUAUUUUAUAGUUGAAUGUUUGAAAAUGCAAUAUAUAGUGAUGUGAUAUUCCCAUUAUAAGGAUAAUAUAGAAUAAUAUGAA